UAUGGUAUAAUGGUAAGAUGGGCAGAGCCAUGCCAUGCCAACGCAUAGCAUCAUCAGCAGCAGCAAGACACUAGCUACUGGCCACAAUAGCCCAUUGCCGUCUCCGCCGGAAAUGGCUUCCUCUCCGGCACCGGCGGGCGAGAAAGCACACGCCGUGUGCCUGCCGGCGGCCGCGCAGGGGCACAUCAUCCCCAUGCUCGACGUGGCCAAGAUGCUCCACGCCCGCGGCUUCCACGUCACCUUCGUCAACACCGAGUACAACCACGCCCGCCUCGUCCGCGCGCGGGGCGCGGCCGCGGUGGCCGGCGUCCCGGGGUUCCGCUUCGCCACCAUUCCAGACGGCCUGCCGCCGUCGAACGACGAUGUCACGCAGGACGUCACGUCGCUGUGUAAGUCCCUCACGGAGACCUGCCUCGGGCCCUUCCGCCGCCUCCUCGCGGAGCUCAAUGACCCAGCCACUGGCCACCCGCCCGUGACUUGCGUCGUCGCCGACAUCAUUAUGGACUUCUCCAUGGAAGCGGCCAGGGAGCUCGGCCUCCCCUAUGUCCAGCUGUGGACGUCCAGCGCCGUCAGUUAUGUCGGUGUCCGCCACUACCGGCUCCUCUUCGACCGUGGCCUCGCACCGAUCAAAGACAUCAAGCAGCUGACGAAUGAGUACCUUGACACGCCGGUGGAUGACGUGCCGGGCAUGCAGAACAUGAGGUUCAGGGACUUCCCGACCUUCAUACGCAGCCCGGCCUCGGACGACUACAUGCUGCAUUUCGCGCUCGGCAUUGCGGAGCGCGCGGUCGGCGCGUCGGCGAUGAUCGUCAAUACCUUCGACGACCUUGAGGGAGAGGCGUUGGCGGCCAUGGAGGCGCUCGGCCUGCCCAAGGUCUACACCAUCGGCCCGCUCCAUCUGCUGGCGCCGAGCUCAAGCAUCAGCAUGAGCCUGUGGAAGCAGGAGGAGGAGUGCCUUCCAUGGCUCGACGGCAAGGAGGUCGGCUCAGUCAUGUACGUCAACUUCGGCAGCAUCACCGUUAUGACCAACGAGCAGCUCCUGGAGUUCGCGUGGGGGCUGGCCAAGAGCGGCAAUCAUUUUCUCUGGAUCAUCCGUCCCGACCUCGUCAAGGGCGACACCGCAGUGCUCCCCCCGGAGUUCUCGGCCGAGACGGUGGAGCGUGGGCUCGUGGCCUCCUGGUGCCCGCAGCAGCAGGUGCUGAACCACCCGGCCGUGGGCGCGUUCCUGACGCACAGCGGCUGGAACUCGACGCUGGAGAGCAUGUGCGGCGGCGUGCCCGUCAUCAGCUGGCCAUUCUUCGCGGACCAGCAGACCAACUGCCGGUACCAGUGCAAGGAAUGGGGAGUCGGCAUGGAGAUCGACACCGACGUCCGGCGCGACGCCGUCGCAGACCUUAUCACUGAGCUCAUGGAGGGGGAGAAUGGAAAGGUGAUGAAGAAGAAGGCACAGGAGUGGAGGGAGAAAGCGGUGAGGGCGACCAAGCCCGGCGGCUCGUCUCACCGCAACUUUGAUGCGUUGAUUCACGACGUGCUCGCUCCUAGCCGCUCUGGGUAGUGUACCUGCUUUAAGUUUUUUUUUUCUGAAUCCCUUCUUUUACGGUGGAGGCCGGUUUUGAGAAUAUUUCGAUAAUCUCAGCAAAUUAGUACCCAAUAAAAUCAAAUAUAUUUUGAA